UGCUGGGUGCUAUCUGUAACCUUGUUUAUUACAGGGGUGACAUUAGGUGACGCUGGGGAAGGAUUGGGAAGAUGAAGCUGCGUCUGACUCUCGUUCUCCUGGUUCUGGUUCUGGUUCCUGCAAUCGACAUGGGCGGGGCCAAUGACUGCUCCAUCACUGAUCUGAUUGGGUUCAACAGCCUCAUUAAAUCUAUGGUGGCAUCGGCUCUGGAGAAAACUGAGAUUGACUGCAUCGAUGCCCGCGGGAAUGGAGCCUAUGCCACUUGCCCUGCAGGUACAAUGGUGGUCUCCUGCGCCUGUGGGAUGGGCUGUGGCUCGUGGGACAUCCAGUCCAAAUCUACGUGCCACUGUCAGUGUGGCAAUAUGGACUGGACCACCGCCCGCUGCUGUAAGGUUCAGAGCAAACAUUAACCCUCCGAUGGCAUCUGUUCUUUUGUUCCUGUGCAAAUAAAGAUUCUGCCCCUUAAUCCUC